CGACGAUCUGUCCUAGUACUAGUAUGUACUUCCGUUUAUGCCUGGCAUUUAUUCAAUGAAACAUCCAGCAUGGGACACGGCCUGCUAGAAUUUUAGUCCGCAAGUUCUACAUACAGGAAGACAUCUACUGGACAAGAUCUCCACACUGGCCAUGUAAUGCAACAAGUCACAAUCAACGAAAACACGUUUUGUUUCCUUUUCUUCUUCUCUCAGAUGGUAAGUAUAUCGUUUCUCUGUCACGAGUUUCAGCAACCUCCUCCAGACGAUCACCCACUUCCAGCGGCCUCCAUGUCAUCUCCGUACGAUAUCCUAGGUACCGCCGCGAGCUAUUAGGGAUAACCACGGAGGCAAUAACACGGAGGCAAUAAACCUCUGGAACUUAGCGCGCGUCCGCGCUCCUGACCACGUUGAGAAUUCAAACGUUCAAGUUCAACUUGAACAUGCAGGCUCUGAAGAGAUUGUCCCUCUUGCGCCGUUUCUCCAUAGCUGCAUCUCCUCAACUUCAGUCCACCAAGAAUACUGUGUCACAGUCGCCUACCCAACCUGCCAAUGUAGACUGGGAGGAACACGAAGAAAAGUUGGAAGACUAUGACCCCGCUAUCAACGGCUACUGCCCAGUGGUGCCCGGUGACGUGCUGGGUUCUUACCGCAUCUUUCGGAAGUUAGGAUGGGGUGUUUAUUCCACUGUAUGGCUUGCCGAGUCCCAAGGUUCUCCGGAUUUGUUUGCCCUUAAGCUUAUGACGAGAGUUGCCACCGAGGCACAAGGGCAACUGCACGAACUCGAAUUUCUUCAACGGAUACGUGAUCAGUCUCCCCUCCACCCUGGACAUGCUCACGUCAUCCAGAUGAAAGACAACUUCUAUCAUCAGGGUCCCCAUGGACGACACCUUUGCGUCGUGACGGAGCCGCUCUUCCAAAGCAUGAGUAAUUUUCUUCCUCGCUUCCCGCACAAGAUCAUGCCGCCGCGUCUUGUGAGAUCCGUUGCUCGUCAGAUUGUCUUGGGAUUGCAAUAUCUCCACGAUGAGUGUAACAUCAUCCAUACGGACAUCAAGCCCGAUAACGUCUUAAUGGUCGCUCCAAACAGUCAGAAUUUCUUUAGAGAUAACCAUUCUGGACUAGGCAAUCCGCCGGAAACUUUUGUCGCCAGAAGCCCGUUGGGGGGCACUAUAACUCGCACCCGUAGCGAUCCUCUCUUAUCGCCAAUUCCUGAAUCGGUCUCUCUAGACGAUGAUAUAUGGAACCAUUUAAAAGUGAAGAUCACCGACCUGGGAAUUGCCUGCUGGGCGAACAAGGUAUCUCAGCAUUUUACCGAAAUUAUACAAAGUCCACCCUUACGUGCGCCCGAAGUCGCGAUCGGUGCCGGAUGGGGAACGCCUGCUGAUAUAUGGAGUUUGGGAUGUACGACAUAUGAAUUAUACAUGGGACAAGCUCUCAUUCCCGAGGAUGUGGAUGAACUGCUUGUGCCUCCACUUCACGUCUCGCUGUUCGGCCAGUAUCCCGAGGAGCUGCUGAAACGAGGCAAACACAGACACGUCUUCUAUGAUGUCAACGGCUCAUUGAAAGUAACGAUUCCUGAAAAGCCAUUCUACGCAGACAUCUCCAAGCGAAAUGCACCGGAUGCAGAACUAUUCACUGACUUUCUACGACGUACAUUCGCGCUGAACCCGGAUCAGCGUGCAACCUGCCGUGAGUUACUGGAGCACCCAUGGCUCAACCUAGAGAAGUGAAAGAUUGUUCAUGUUUACUUAUGUUCAUGUUCAUUUCCAUGUUGUCUGCAAAGAUUCCGCGAGAUUUCCUGCAAUCUGUAGGAAUGUUUACAUUGUCCAACAGUUUCUGUGAAGUAUCGGAGCUUGCGAUAGCGGGCCGUUGGCAGAUGAUGAUAUAUGGCUUCGUCUUGAAG